CGGGCGCGCGCACUUAACGUUCCCCCUUUUACUUCACUGUCUUGCUAUCACUCUACUCAUUUGCUCUCUUGUUCUCGUUCGUGUAGUGUUUGUGAUAGAAGAAAUUGAGAAAAGCAGCGGCGGAGGAGGAAGAGGAGAGGGAGCCACUACCGACACCUUGCGCAAACAACAGCCCUGCGACCGGCAACAGAAAGUACCAGUUUUCUACAACUGUAUUCUCUCCCGCGGUGAGGCUGUUUUGCACGUCAGCCUAGUGUCGCUGCAAUUGAUUUAUUCCAGGGUCUCUCAGCUGUUUCCCGCCAAAGUUUUGUUGCUGUCGGUUGUUGUGACUUGCAGUUACGUGUUCGAGGACACGCCAUCGGACGUCAAGGAGUUGCGUCGUAACGCGGCUGAGCUAGUGUGCGGUGCGCGCGCCCGGGCGCGCGCCUGUGUUUUAAACGCAAAAGUUCAGUGUAGCCAUUGAAAGAGACCCCUUGCCGACGGGCUCCUAACUGUUACUACCGGGAAUUGCAGUCCUAGUGUGCAUGGUGCGAGCUCCAGACAAGCCGCAAGACCCUUGUCGAGGCGAGGAAGAAGCGGUCCGAGAGCAGCCGAGGUACGCUCUGGUGGUUUGCCCGGGAGGACGGCGCGAGUACGAGAUUAUGUCAGUAUUUGGCAAGGGCGACCACCUGCUUGAGGAAAUCGUCGAGACGACUGAGGAGCAAGAAGCGGACCUCUGCAGCAGCGGCGAGACUGUUGACGAGUGUUCUGGUCUGCCGAUUAGCGACUUCGUCGAGGAGCCUGAACAUAAACACCAACCGGUGGCCUCUUCCUCCACUCGGCAGCAUAAGUCGAGUCGCUCAAGCUUUUCGGGUGGCGGGAGCGGGAUCACUCACCAGGGAAUUACGCUGAACGGUGCCUCCGGUGUGAAUCGUGGUACGUCGCGCAGCCACAUGGAGCAAGAGAAACGUAUGCGGCGAGAGAUCGCCAAUAGUAACGAACGCAGACGCAUGCAGAGCAUUAACGCCGGCUUCCAGUCACUCAGGACCUUACUGCCACACCAUGAGGGCGAAAAACUCUCCAAGGUAUGUACUCUCAAUGUUCAGAAACAUUACUUCACAAGCCAGCCAUAUUUAGUUGCAAUCUGGAACCUCAACAUUCCUAAUAAGGCGGCGAUACUGCAACAAACUGCAGAAUACAUAUAUCAACUUGAGCAGCAGAAAACUCAACUGUUAUCACAAAAUCUACAAUUAAAACGAUUAGUAGAUCAACACGAAGGUGGCGAUGUGCCAACCAAGAAACGUAAGGGAGAAAAUCAAGGUGUGGUGGUGAGCUUGCCAGUGCACGUAAGCGAGAGUGGAGAUGAAGGCCUUGGAAGUAUGUCCCCAGAGCCGCUCUCAGUCAUCACGGUCUCAGCCGACGGUCAUGCGUCUGUCGCCAGUAGCGAGGUCGCCGAGCUUAAGCGGCAACUCGAGCGGGAGCGCGUUACAAGGGCACAUCUCGAGAAACAGAUGAGAUCUAUGCAGAGUCAGCUCUUUCCCGAGCGUUUCCGCGAGGAACAACUCAUUGCAUAUCAACCCCACGAGAUGAUCGAGCACACGGGCAAUAUUCUGCCUGAAGACCUCGAGGAUGGUAUACCCGGACUUCAGGUAGUUUCGGUGGUCUCGGUACCGAGUGUCGGCUCGACUCAAACUGUAGAAACGAGUAAUGCGGACACGAACACGCCACCUCUUUCCCCCCAACCGGGCUGUGAAAUAAUUGUUUCGAACGGUACUACCGUUGGCCCGGACGAUUCUAAGGAUGCAGAGGAGCUCUUGUUGGAAUCACAACCGGACAGUCCAAAGAUCGUUGGCUUCGCCGGCGUCCAAGUAUUCACUUCAAACCUCGAUGAGCAGACAAGCCCUAGCUCCUUCGGCCCGGGCGGUGUAACGUAUACCACAAAUUUGCCGGUCGGUAAUACUACAACAGAGUUCAAGGGUUCACCCGUGAACCAAUUUAUCGCCGUUAGCCCGACAAGGUCCUUUUCUCCGGAUCAGGAUAUAAGUCAGCAGCAGAGGCUACCCAGUGUCCUUGAGGCAGCUAUGAAGGCUGAGCCCAAAGUCGAAGUGGAAAGGUUACCGUCACCUUCCAAUUCACUGGAUGAUGGAACACCGCAGGCUCGUCUAUAUUUAGCGAAUACCUCUCGGCAAAAUUUGGAGACGAUAGUAGAAGCAAUACGGCACCUCGAGGGUGAUCAUCUUUUUAGUGAUGAGCCUGCGCAGGAUGUGCCCCUGGCAUUGACGAAUAAGCAGAGUAAUGCUGAAAGUUCCAGUAGUAAGCAGCGGCUCCUCCAUGCUGAGGUGAAUAAUUUUCUACAGUUCCAUUCGGUGCAGCAGCAGCAGCAACAGCAACAGCAUCAACAACAGCCAAGAGAGUAA